CUUUAUCCUUAAUAGCUACCUGUUGUACAAUCACAGCCAAACAAGUUAAAGAAGAUGGUAACUGUGGAUGAAAAUUAUACAGUCAAUCAAUGUAGAAGACUGAACAAUAUACUACAUUAUGACCAAGCUAAUGUAGUGGAAGAAAAUGAACAGGAGGAUGAUUAUUUUGAUGGAUCAGACAAUACAUCUCUUAAAGUUUGUGGGCUGUUCCCUCGGUUAUGCUUACAAAAUUCCUUUUGUCUUCUGAAUCCUGUACACGGAUGAGAAAACAAGCCCACUUACACAUUUCUUCAUCUAAUCUGAAGAAAGUUAACUCUUCAUAUGCUGCUCAUUGCAGUAAAACCGUCAGUGAGCAUGAUAAGGAUGCUGCACGCAAGCAAAGAUCAGCCGGUGCACUCCUAACGACAGGGUUGCAUGAAGAUAAGAAUGAGCUGAAAAAUGAACCAAAUAAGAUUGCUAAAAGAAAUGAUCAUCAGAAAUUGGACGGAUCGUCUCUAUACAAGCGUUUGCAGGGUAAUGAUGCAUCACCAUACCAAGGCAAAAUUUCUCAAUCUGCUGUUGAUGGAGAAAAAGGGGAUAUAGCGAUUACUGAUAAAUCUAAAAAUUCUGGGAUGAGCGGCUUUAAAGUAGAUAUAAAAGGUGGCAAAAUUUUCCGAGAAUUAUUGGCCAUAGAGAGUGAAGAGUGGGAAUCAACUUCUGCUAGUCCUACGGUUGAGAAAACUCUGUACAUAGAUUGUGUACAUAUGCUAAAACCUCAAAUUUCAAAUUCAAGUUCUACAGAUAUGAAAGGCAUAUUUGAUGGUGGAAAAGAUUCUGUCAAUGAUUCGUCACUUCAAGCUAUGAAGCAUGAUGAUGCUGUGGGCGAAAAGGGAAAUGUGAUAGCUGAAAGUCUGGAGUCUGCUGAUUCUUGUCUAUCGUCUGGCAGGUCAAUGCAUGAUGUCCAAAUAGUUUUGGUGGAUAAUUCCAGGCAAUAUCAAGACCUUAUAGGAACCUCUGUUACAACAGCAAGCCCAAAAGUGGAUGAGGAUAGGAAGAUUAAUUCAGAAAGACAAAUGGGUCAGAUAUCAGGCAAAGUGGAAAGUUGUCAUGGCCUUGUCCAGGAUCCUAUCAAGAUGACAAGCACAAAAGUGGCUGAUGAUAGAAAGGUUGAUUUAGAAAGCAAACAUCCGGAAAAAUUAAGUGAUCAAGAGACUUCUACUGGCUGCUACUCGCUACUACCUCUUCCCCCACCAUUACCAAAUUCUCCAUCGGAGUCUUGGCUAAAGCGAACUUUACCUGCAGUUUCCUCAAAGCACAUGUCUUUAAGGUCUACUCUAGGUAUGCAUGCUUAUCCUAGAGUUCAGGCUUCCAAAUUGGAUUCCCCUGAUCUUACAUGGGAAACCAUUGUCAAAACUUCAAAUGUACAACAUGGACAUUUGCGAUUUUCGGAGGUAAACUCUUUAAGUCCACCUACAUUAUUUUUCUCCAUUCAUUUUAGGCUCAAUUUAUGCUCACAACAUUCCUUAUUCUCUAUAUUAUCACUUAUCAGGAAUUGCUUACACCAAUACCUGAAGUUUAAACUGCAAGGCUCAUUUUAGUACAAUGGCUGAAGGAUAUGCUCUGCAGGAAUGCACAUUGUUUUGUGGUUUGCAUAGUUGUGAAGAACAUAAUCCAUCUUCUUGAUAUUUUCAGCCUCCAAAGUGCUUCAGUUUUUCAGAAUUGGUAUGUAUUGUAAUUGUAAAUCAAGAAAACCAGCCAAUUCUCUUCCACUAAUAAGAAAUUUGUGAUUAGCUAUUUUCUUGUAAAUCCUGUCAUUGAUCAUCCCAAGGUUUUUUCAUGUAAAGAGCUAUAUUUCUUGCUGUAAUAAAACAAUAAAAGGAGGCUGCUUUUGG